GCAAACGCGCGCUUCUUCCUCGGACGCGUUUUCCACUCCGUCAGGAUGAGCAUCACUCUGCCCCCCAAUACUCAGACCUGUGACCGGGGAACUUGAUGACACCCUCAGACCCCCCCUCAGUUUGGACUCAGCGGGUGUGAUGAGCCUCCCGUGAUUCCUGUGACGCAGGACCACCGCGCCGCACCGCAACGCGCACUUUGGAGAACUGCGAGAAGCGGUAAAAAAAGAAGAGAUGCGCCUGCGUUACUUCGCUCUACUGUACGCACUCGUGUAAGGAUUCCUUCACGGUGGGGACAACGCUGAUCUGAUUGCGACCAGAGUGAGGAGAGUAACCCGGGCUCCGGAGCGUCAUCCCCGGCUGGAAUCGAACCGACGCCUGCAGGUGAUGCGGAGGAGCGGCAACAAAACCUGCUGUUUUAAAGGAAUGUACCGCCUCUGCCAGGAUUAGGAUCCGAAAGCAACUGUGAUCCACAACUGAGUGAACAGAAAAAGUGGAUUAAAUAUAUUCAUGUUUUUUUUCCUUCUGGUUGAUGGAUGCGGAGGAAUUUAGAGGAUGUGUGAUAUGACACACAGCUGGAGACAGAACAUAUCUUUCUGACCUGUGACACCGAGAAGAAACACCUGCUCCUGGAGAGAAGAGCUUUCAGGAAGAAUGUGAAACUGGAGCUGCUGCGACCUCGAUCCUCCGCCUCCUCCUAUGCAGACAGCUAUGUCAAACUCAGGAACCGUUACCGCAGGAAACCCCCGGGGCCAGUGUUCUUAGGAGGGACCGCCCGCCGUGGUUGACCCUGCCCUGGGUGACGGGGGACUCCAUGGUCAGGCUCGCCCUCGCAACACCACCUGCACCACAGCCACCUUCCUGUUGAUUCGGCAAUCAUACCACCACUACUUCCUCUUCCUGAAUCUUGAAUCACUGGAAAAUGGCGAAGGGUUUGAAGCCCCCGAGUGUCCCGAGCGUCUUCUCUCUGGUGAUACUUAAAAGCUGCUGGUUGCUUUGCUCCACCACCUCCCAGAAGCCCGGUGUGUUGGCGGACUCCCAGCUUCCCCAGCAAGAGUUUGCCCACUCCAUCCGGCUGGACGGGGACAUCAUCCUGGGCGGAUUGUUCCCCGUUCACUCCCGUGGCGAUAGAGGCGUCCCCUGUGGCGAACUAAAGAAGGAGAAGGGUAUCCACCGUCUGGAGGCCAUGCUUUUCGCCAUCGACCUCAUCAACAAAGACCCGGACAUAUUGCCCAAUGUGACUCUCGGGGCGCGCAUCCUGGACACCUGUUCGCGGGACACUUACGCCCUGGAGCAGUCGCUCACCUUCGUCCAGGCGCUCAUCGAGAGGGAUGGUUCUGACGUCCGAUGUGCUAACGGAGAACCGCCCAUCUUCGCCAAGCCGGAUAAAGUGGUGGGCGUCAUCGGGGCGUCGGCCAGCUCGGUGUCCAUCAUGGUGGCCAACAUCCUGCGGCUGUUCAAG